AUGGCUGCUCCCACCAACAACCUCGCCCUCCGCCAAGACGACGGCGUAACCCGCUGCAAAGUCGAAGCUCAAGCCUCGCACACCUACGGCGGCGGCAGCUACUACCAAACACCUGUCGAUAUAACUAGCGGAACACUCUACUGCUACGACGUCAACAACGACAUGGUCUACUACGACCACGAUGCCGAUGUGGAAAACUUCAAUGGCGCUACCAGUACCGUCUCUGCAGGAGAUUGCCAUACCCUCGGCGAUGUUACGUUCCACACUGCGUACAAUAGCGCGAGCAAUCACUUUGAGAUUUGCUCGGUUAACUAUAACGGGGCGGACACUCAAGGUGUAGUUACUAGUAGCAUUGAUCCUGGGCCGGUGAUGGGGAUGCUCGCUUGA